AUGCAACUGCCAGCCUCCCUGGCCGAGGAGGUGGCUGACCCUGUGACGGGCGGCAAGCUGGCGGACCUGGGGCAGCUGACGUCCGGCAUCAACCCCACCCAGAUCAUCCUCCUGCUCUCCCCGUUGCUGCUGUAUGGAACCUUCUACCUCUAUCGCGAGAAGUUUGAUCGCAAGGCCAAGAUUAGCGACUUCUUGUUCAUCAUCGCGGCAUCUGCCAUUGCCUGGAACAUCAUCAGCAUCCUGGUGCUCAAGGUCCGACUCUUCUGA